AUGGAAAGACAGAAAAAUAAGGUAGUGAAACAAAUGAAAAAGUUACAUGAAGACCUGGACAAUGAAAAAGCAAAGAGGAAAGUAGAAGAUAACAAGUGCUAUGAAUUACAAGAAAGGAUGAAAACUUUGGCUAGUACCUCGACAAUUACAGUGCAGGAACAGAUGGAGGCAAAACUGAAUGAACCAAGGGAAAAAUUGGAUGAAAGCAUUAAAAAAUUUGACGAUGAAAGAGCCACUUUAGUAAAAUUAUAUAAAAUCCUGGAUUUUUGGUGGCCCUCACGGUACGUAGGGUACUGUGGGGCCCCUGCCAUGUUGCAGGCCCUAUGGACGUUGGUACAACAUUGUUGCCAUCCAUGCGGGCCCAGCCCCACCAUCACCGGUUUCUCUACGGCCCCGUCGGCAGUUACACCUGGCCACCGGCAGCCCUGUAGUCUUCGGCCUCUACCGCCUCCGGUCCCCUAUGCUGCUACUUCCCGGCAGCCUGGCCUUUCGGCUGCAUGCCUCUCCACUCAGCCAGCUACGUGCCUCUCCGCUCAGCCAGUUGCGUGCCUCUUUGCUCUACCGGCCCUGCUCUCACUGCCGGCUCCCUACGGCCCCCGCCACCGGAAACCUCCCUGCACCUCCCCUGCCACCGGAAACCUCCCUGCACCUCCACCGCCGCCUGCCUGUGGCCCCAGCUCGCCGCUCAGCCUGCGGCCUCCACCCUAG